AUGCAGGCAAUCUUUCUACUCUCACCUGACACAGAGUUUCUGGGUUCAGGAGUGGGGAAAUCAUUGACUAUCAACUACAAAGACAUAUUCCUUCAGUACAAGAAGAUGCUCAUCAUCAAGUGGUACACAAAACACAUUGAAAGUAUUGUAGCCAGUAUCAACAGCUACAUUUUUGGUGCUGCAAAGUUGUCCACCCUUAAUCCGACUGGUAGUGAAGACUUUUAG